CUCGUGCGAGUCAGUGAAAUGUGUGACAGCAUUCUCUUGAAUAUGUGCACCGUUAAUUUUUAAUUUUGCUGAUUGCACUCACCACCACUGUGCGCGGGUGUUUCACAGUUUAGUAACUGUCAGUUCCAUACACAAUCUUUCCUGAAAGAUUGUCCCACGUGAGUGACGUAAGAUGGCAUCGUUGAAACUAUUAGUGGGGGGCGCGAGUGCUCUCGGUGCCAGUGCCCUUACUUCUUAUCUGUUAAUGUCCGACAAUACCGUGCAUGCAGAUGUGUCAAAAACAAAGCCAGCAAAAAGGCCUCUACCAACUAGAGAAGAUCAGGUGAAGGCAUUGAAAACUCAUGACGAAUAUGAUGUUCUUAUUGUUGGUGGUGGUGCAACAGGAGCUGGAUGCGCGUUGGAUGCAUGUACACGAGGUUUGAAAACAGCUUUAAUUGAGGCAGAUGACUUUGCAUCUGGUACCUCUUCUAGGAGUACAAAGUUGAUCCAUGGAGGAGUUCGUUAUCUUCAGAAGGCUAUAAUGCAGUUAGACAUAGAGCAGUACAGAAUGGUCAGCGAAGCCUUACAAGAAAGAGCAUCUAUGUUACGCAAUGCACCUCACCUUGCUCAUCCUUUGCCAAUUAUGUUGCCUGUUUAUACGCGGUGGCAGAUUCCUUACUUCUGGUUCGGUAUAAAGAUGUACGAUGUCGUAGCUGGAAGCAAGACAGUGAAAUCAUCGUAUUUUCUCAGAAAACGAGACGCAUUAGAGUUAUUCCCCAUGUUAAAGGGUGACAAACUCACUGGGGCUAUUGUUUACUAUGAUGGUCAACAGGAUGAUGCUAGAAUGAAUUUGGCAGUCGCUCUGACAGCCUCGCGACAUGGUGCAACGGUUGUAAAUCACGUCAAAGUAGUUAAUCUCACAAAGGGUCUUGAUAAGGAUGGUAAUCGAGUACUCACUGGUGCUCGCGUGAAAGACGAACUCACCGGUGAACAAUGGGACGUGAAAGCAAAAGCGAUAAUAAACGCAACAGGACCAUUUACAGAUCAUAUCAGAAAAAUGGACGACCAGGAUGUGAAGGAAAUCUGCUGCCCCUCUUCAGGUGUUCAUAUCGUUCUUCCAGGUUAUUAUAGCCCUGAUCAGAUGGGUUUGCUAGAUCCAUCAACGAGCGAUGGCCGAGUAAUCUUCUUCUUACCAUGGCAGAAACAAACGAUCGCAGGAACGACUGACUUACCCUGCGAAGUAACGCAUAAUCCCCGACCUACUGAGGACGAAAUCAUGUUCAUUUUACGUGAAGUCAAGAACUACCUCAACCCGGACGUUGAAGUUCGUCGAGGAGAUGUUUUGUCCGCUUGGAGCGGUAUCAGGCCUCUUGUGUCCGAUCCUAACAAACCUAACACUCAGUCACUUGCUAGAAAUCACAUUGUACACGUUAGUCCCACAAAACUUAUAACGAUAGCCGGAGGAAAAUGGACUACAUACAGGGCGAUGGCUGAGGAGACUAUCGAUGCAGCUAUCAAAGCUUGCGACUUGAAACCAGAAAGACCCUGUCAAACCAAUGAUUUUCUCCUGGAGGGAGCUCAUGGUUGGAGUCCAACAAUGUACAUCAGAUUAGUGCAAGAUUUUGGUCUGGAAUGCGAGGUUGCUCAACAUUUAGCCAAGAGUUAUGGUGAUCGUGCAUUCGCUGUAGCAAAGAUGGCCUCUCUCACUGGCAAACGAUGGCCAAUUAUAGGCAAAAAACUUCAUCCUGAGUUUCCAUAUAUCGAUGCUGAAAUUCGGUACGGCGUUCGUGAGUACGCGAGGACAGCAAUCGACAUGAUCGCACGACGACUCAGAUUAGCGUUCCUGAAUGUCCAAGCGGCACAAGAGGCUCUCCCAGGUAUUAUUGACAUCAUGUCAGAGGAAUUACACUGGUCACCGGAGGAGAAGAAGAGGCAGCACAAAGAGGCUAGUGAGUUCCUUGCCAACGAGAUGGGACAAAUGGUAAAUCGUGCGUCUCGCGAUAAGAUUCCUAUUAAUCUCACGAAAGAGGAGAUACAGUUGUACAUUAAGCGGUUUGGAAUUAUCGACAAGGACAACAAGGGUUACGUCUCCAUUAACGACAUCAGAAGAGGACUCAAGCUGUUCGGUGACAAGGAAGUACCUGGUGAAGAGCUUCAUGAAAUACUGCGCGAAAUCGACACUAAUAUGAAUGGUCAAGUUGAGUUGGACGAAUAUCUUCAGAUGAUGUCUGCCAUAAAAUCUGGACACGUGGCAUACUCGCGCUUCGCCAGGAUGGCCGAGAUGGAAGAAGCACAGCAUGAGAAAGAUAUAUUGAAGAAACAGAUCAGCGUAGAAAGAUCAGGCGGUGGACUGUAAAAAAUGGGGUUCACCUUCUGUGGCAUUGUACAAUUUUAAGCUUCACACAAACCCAUGCACACACAUACCCAUGCAACACAUACAUUCAAACUGCUAUGACGAAUUAUCAUUGUUCACUCUAAACGUCAAGAAUGUAGCCCACUCUAGUACAAAUUGCUCUAGGAUUACUACUUUGCAGACCUAUAUCUGUGUUUUCAUACUUUCUACAACGACCACGAACGAAGUGAAGAAGACGAAGAGAAAGAGAAGUUUCAACCGCGUAAACAGCGUCUAAUUUAAAACUAUUUAACGAUUAAACAAACACGUUAUCUCGAAUUUUUGAAUUUUAAUAUGUAAAUAUCUUGUGUACAGCGUUUCAGUUUUUUAUUAAGCGAGGACGGAUAUAUUCUAAUCUGUAUAUAGGUGUGAUUUAAAAGAAACGUGUGACCGAGUAUAUACGUGUACUAUGCUCAGGUGCAAUAUUCAGGGACAGAACUAUACCACACACUUCCAUCGCGAUCAUUGAACUACACUCACUAUAAUUGUCAAACGCCGAUGUUACAAAAGUCAAACGUCAAUGCAGUUCUUCAAUUUGUUACUAUUCGCUGACUAUAACAAAAGUCAUAAAGUAUCAUACAGGUACUAUAUACGUUACAUGUGUAUAGUCACCCACGCGCAUGGAUCGUAAGCUAAUCGAGGAUGGAUUUAUUUAUAAUGUAUAUUAUAGGAACUCAGUCUAUAUAGAUUAUCUAAUUUAAAUAUAUACUACUUAUUUAAUUUACUGCCGGUAACGUCACGCAGUCAUGACAUAUGGA